GGAUAUAGGACGACAAGCUUUUUUCCAGCACAAGCGCGUGGAAAUUUGCAAGCAAAACCCAGUGUGAUGAUUUCAACACGUCCUUCUUGUACACAACUACAACCAACAGCAGCAAGAUAGGAAAGCCAAAAGCAAGUUGUUUUGAGAGAGAGAGAGAGAGAUGGAGGAUUUGCCACCAGGCUUUCGGUUCUUCCCGACGGAAGAAGAGUUGGUUUCGUUCUAUUUACGAAGCAAGCUCGAGGGAACAAGAGGGGCUCUGCACGGGCUUAUUGACCGGGUCAUACCCGUUCUUGAUAUCUACGAGUUCAAUCCGUCGGACCUUCCACAAUUUGCAGGAGAUCUAUGCCGCAGAGAUCCGGAGCAAUGGUUCUUCUUCAUCCCGAGGCAGGAGAGCGAGUACCGUGGUGGGAGGCCGAGGCGGCUCACAACCACUGGGUACUGGAAAGCCACGGGCUCUCCCGGUUUCGUCUACUCAAACAAUCACAUUGUGGGAGUGAAGAGAACUAUGGUGUUCUACACAGGACGAGCUCCGAACGGUGGGAAAACCGAAUGGAAGAUGAAUGAGUACAGAGCCAUUGAAGGGGAGGCUACUUCUCCUCAAGACAUCUCAGUGGUGGCGACGCAAGAAUUCAGCGUGUGCCGGGUGUACAAGAAAACAAAGACCUUGAGGUCAUUCGACCGAAGACCGAUAGGAGAUAUAAUUGGAAGCAGCAGCCACACAUUUCAACAGAACACCAUGCCAAAUGAUGGUCGACAUCCUCAGGAUAUGACAUCAUCUCGUCGGGGUAGUCCUCCACCCACGGAGCGAGCAAGCUCCUCGGCAGACAGUUCAAGCGCCUCCGGGGACCAUGGGACAAUUCCGUCGCAAGCAGGGGGAUUAGGAAGCGGUAUUGACAUCGAGAUGCUGCCCGGUGAGAGCGAAUUGUCCUUGCAGGACUGGGAACAGUUCUGGUCUGGUCCUAACUAAGAAUGUUACUUCAAUACGUAUAAAUAAACAAUCGCAGAUUCAUGUUGUCAUGAUUUAAGUAGAUGCUUAGUUCUUUCGAAUUACCUCGGUGGUGCUAAGUAGAUGCUUAGUUCUUUCGAAUUUAUAGUCCGUUCAAAGUGGGUCUGUAUCUUAAAUUCGACCAUGGAUGUAGAACUGAUAUAAACGUCUAGUGGAUGUUUUCUCGUGUACCAUA